UGAGAAAAAAAUGAUUUCAUAUCUUGAGCUUGCGAGAUUACUUGUUUUGCUUCUCAAAGUACCCAUAAAUUCAUUACAAAAAGGUACCAAGUCGUUAAUGACCUUGAAUCAUGAGCUUCAAUAUCUCUAUGAACCUUACAAAGCUUGGAAUCAAAAUCUUAGUUUUUUUAGUUGAAUUUGAAAAGAAAGUGAAAGAGAUGUGACUUGUGUGCAUAAGUAAUGAGAUAUGAAGAGUAAAAAUCGAAACUUUGGUGCAUUAAGAGCUUUAAAUUGGUUGUUCAUGGUGGUUAGUAUAUUGAUGGCAAUGAUAAUAUUGUAAAUACAUGGUGAAUGUGAGGAUGAUAAGGUAAAAGAAUCAUUUGUAAAAAAGAAAAAAAAAUGUAAUUGCAUUUUCGUGAAUAAGUCAAAAUUUUAGGGUGAAUAGAGAAAAAAGUUUCAAAAAAGCAUAGGUUAUUUUUUGUAUUUGACUUGAAAAUUAGGUCAUAUUUGAGAAAAACCCCUUUGUUAUAUUAUACUCAUUUUGUUUUAUAAUAAGUGUCACUUUAAGUUUUUUAUUUUGUUUCAAAAUAAAUGUCAUUUUACAUUUUCAAUGUAAAUUUGUACAUUCAAUCUACUUUUUACCCUUUUGAAUAACCAAUAGAUUUUUAUUUAAAUCAUUCUCAUUUAAUUAAUCAUACAUUAAAUAGUAAUAUAUUAGUCUACUACACAUUUUUUUUAAUUUAGGUGAAAAUGUCAAAAUGAUACUUAUAAUGAAAUGGAUGGAGUAUUGCGAAAGUAUAUUCAACAACUUUGUAUUCACUAUUCCGAACAACAAAAAAUCUAGUAAUAGUGAAUUUGUAGAUGGUCAACAGCAUUAGAGUCGUUGAUUCUUGAUAGCUGUUGACCCAAAAAAUCUAGUAAUUAGUUGAUUCCUGAUAGCUUGUAUAUUCAACGACUUUGUAUUCACUAAUCACUAUUCCGAACAACAAAAAAUCUAGUAAUUGCGAAAGUCGAGUAGGACCAUCUCCAUUAAUCAAUUUCCACUUUGGACUUCUUACAAAAAAUGUAGUUCUAUAAAGAUCAUUUGUGACUACGCUCAAGGUUUUAUUCAGCUUUGACUCGCCCAUACACAUUUCUUCAUUUUUCUCCCAAGAGUGAGUAAAUUCGAAAGUAAUAAUUCGCCCCUCCUAAACUAGAUAAUAUCAUAGCUUCCUCAAUUGCUUCACUGAAUUUGUUCUAAAAGUUCAGGUUUUGGAAUAUGAAUUUUAACCAGCCGAGAGAGAUGUAUCCAGGGAUGUGGCGGUAUCCUAUGAAUCCCGACCUUUGUUGUAUCUACAGAGUCCCGAACCGUCUACGUGAAGUAAAUCCAGAACCCUACACGCCUCAAAUAGUCCUCAUUGGACCUCUUCACCACUCAGUAAAAUCUCAAGCUCUCAAGGCUCUUUAUCUUGGAGAUGAUAUCACAUACACAAAGUCAAUGGCCUACUUAGACAUGGAAGAGCAUAAGAAGACUUACCUAGCAGAAUUCGCAGCAAGGAUUGAAGGGGAAACCACCAUCGAUGAAUUAAGGAGAAUGAUCAAAGAAGAGGAAGAGACAAUCAGGGCAAGCUAUCAAGAAUCAACGGCAUGGAUUCAAUCCUCAGAAUUCGUGGAGAUGGUCCUACACGACUCUGUUUUCAUUAUAGAGUUCAUACUGAGGUUUAGCGGAGUAGUAGAGAAGAAAGGAGAUCCUCUCUUGGCCGGUCUAUCUCUUGGAAUCACAGUCUAUCAUGAUCUCAUCUUGCUCGAGAACCAGCUUCCUUUUUUUAUCCUGGAUAAACUCUUCAAUCCAAUCGUCAGAAGAAUCUGGCCUCACCUUACAUUCCGGGACCUGAUCAUCAGUUUCUUUGGAUUCCAAGGUAAAAUCGGAAGGAAUUCCAAAUUUAGACAUUUCACUGAUUUGACCAGGUGUGUUCGCGUGGAGACACUUCCUAACCUUGAUGUUUGGAAAUCCAAACCCAUAGAGCAUAUGUAUAAUGCAGAGAAGCUAGAUAGUGGGGGAGUAAAAUUUAAGGCAGUAGGAAAUGAUUUAUCAUUAUGUGUGAGCUUCAAGAAUGGUUGUUUGAAGAUUCCUUGUCUGACGGUUGAUGACAGCCUUGAGAUGAAACUGAGAAACAUAAUGGCUCUUGAGCAGUGCCAUUACCCUAACAACGCCCACGUAUGUAGCUACGCCUUAUUCCUAGAUUAUCUAAUUGACACUAAUAAAGACGUUGACUUGCUUCUCGAGAAAGGAAUACUAAAAAGUUGGAUUAGGCAACCCGCUAAAGUUGCGCAGAUGGUGAAUAAGCUCGUGACAGGCAUCGUAGAUCCUGGUUCUUACUAUUAUGAUAUAGCGGGUGAAGUGAACGAGUACUAUAGAAACCCAGUGAAUAGGUCAAAGGCCAUCCUCAAGCGUGUGUAUUUUGGUAACCCGUGGACAGGGACAGCCACCAUCGCAGCUAUGUUUCUAUUAGUGAUGACACUUAUUCAGACUUGGGCAUCAAUCGUUCAGGUUAAACAGAACGAACCUUAGAGAUGCUGUUGCAUCUCUAUCUCUAUCUCUAGUUCGUUUCCACUUUCCAACUUUGUCGUGGGUACUACGUUAUUUCUAAAUAAUCUUGCAGAUUAAUAAUAUUCUUCUUUUGUAUUUUCUAGCUCUCUUUUAUGAUAGUUAAUCUGUGUCCUGAAGCUAUUAUGACAUUGGUAUAAGACUUGUUAUGAUAAGGUUUUAGAUGAUAUUGAAAAUUUUGGCACUA